CUCCCACUUUCUUGAAGGAUUGCCACCAUCGACAUAUACUUUACUUCGUCUUCUUUGAUUGGUCGUGUUGCCGAGCGCCAUCUGCAGUCACACCAUGCCAUCCCGCCCUCAGCCCAAUCGGCGCCAUACGACAACCAUACAGAAGUUCAAGACAUUUGCGAUAGAAUGGAUCAAACUAUCCUGGCUUGACCUCUUGUGCAUGGCCGUUGUGGGUGGUGUUACUACUGCCCUCUACCACGCCCCGAUCCCAACCCUCGUCACGCGGACGUUUCCCAUCACCUUCGACUCCUCUGGAGACAUCAUUUACCCUCAAUGGGCGUACCCCUACCGCGGUUGGAUCAUACCGUCGUGGCUCGCGGGCCUCAUCUCCAUCGCCAUCCCGAUUGCCACCUACCUCCUCGCCCAGAUACGCAUCAAGUCUGCUUGGGAUGCCAGUAACGCAAUCAUCGGUACGGUGUGGGCCGUCACUCUCGCGUCCGUCUUUCAGGUCGCUCUCAAACAGCUCGUGGGAGGCUUUCGGCCGUACUUUCUCGAUGUCUGCAUGCCGGACAUCUCCCUUGCGGGAUCGCACAAUGAGUCUGGUCUCAAUGGCGUUGGGUUCCAACAGAUCAUGUACACCAUAGGUAUCUGCACUCAACCUGACCGCGCGAAGCUCAAGAACGCCGUUACGUCGUUUCCCAGCGGCCACUCAUCCGCCGCUCUUUCUGCUUUCGGGUUCCUCUUCCUGUGGCUCAAUGCUAAGCUCAAGGUCUGGGCCGAUCACAAGCCUGCCUUCUGGAAGCUCACACUCACAUUUCUGCCCCUGCUGGGUGCCGUGCUCAUCUGCGGCUCACUGACUAUUGAUGCUGCACACAACUGGUACGACAUCGUCGCAGGGUCGUGCAUCGGGGUUGUCAUGGCCUUUGCUGCAUACCGCACCUCGUACGCUGCGGUAUGGGACUGGCGGUUUAACCAUCUCCCGCUGCAAUCGAAGGAGGCUUUCCGGUACGGUUUCGAUGGCGAUGUCAACUACGCGGGACAGACGCUGUCUGGGAGUGUCGGAUGGGGAGCGAAGCGAGAGUGGCCUCAUGGCGGUCUGGACAGUGCGGCCAGCAGCACCAUGUUCGCACGCAGUACGAGUGGUAUCCAGGAUAUUGCAGGCGUAGAUGGGGAUGCUUCGGGACGGGCAAGAGCAAAGAGACGAGCACCGGUAGGAGAUGAGGCGGUGUAAGCGGAAUAGGCUCGGAUGGUGCAUUGCGGACUUGUAGAACA